UUUAAGGAUGUGGUUGCUCCUACAGCUGUGGGCUCUUCCAGACGAUGGAGUGCAAGAGCUGAAGAUGAGGCCCAGACCAGAGUGCUAUUCUUCAAAGUUCUGGCUUAUGCUGGCAGUCUUGGCAACAACAGGUGGUGGGGCCUGGGCCCAAAAGAACCACCCCAGCAUUGGCAUUGCUGUCAUCUUGGUGGGCACCUCUGACGAAGUAGCUAUCACAGAUGCCCACAAGAAAGAUGACUUCCAUCACCUCUCUCUCACGCCUCGUGUGGAAUUGGUGGCCAUGAAUGAGACAGAUCCCAAGAGCAUCAUCACCCGCAUCUGUGAUAUCAUGUCUGACAGGAGGGUUCAAGGUGUGGUGUUUGCUGAUGACACUGACCAGGAAGCCAUUGCCCAGAUCCUGGACUUCAUUUCUGCCCAGACCCUCACACCCAUCCUAGGUAUCCAUGGAGGCUCUUCCAUGAUCAUGGCAGACAAGGACGAAUCAUCAAUGUUCUUCCAGUUUGGUCCGUCAAUAGAACAGCAAGCUUCUGUCAUGCUCAACAUAAUGGAAGAAUAUGAUUGGUAUAUCUUCUCUAUUGUCACUACCUAUUUUCCUGGCUAUCAGGACUUUGUCAACAAAAUUCGGAGCACUAUUGAGAACAGCUUUGUGGGAUGGGAGCUAGAAGAGGUGCUCUUGCUGGACAUGUCUCUGGAUGAUGGAGACUCAAAGAUCCAGAAUCAGCUCAAGAAACUCCAGAGUCCUGUCAUCCUCCUAUACUGUACUAAGGAAGAGGCCACCUAUAUCUUUGAGGUGGCUAACUCUGUAGGUUUGACUGGGUAUGACUACACAUGGAUUGUGCCCAGCUUGGUGGCUGGAGAUACAGACACAGUGCCCUCUGAAUUCCCCACUGGACUUAUCUCUGUGUCAUACGAUGAAUGGGACUAUGGUCUUCGUGACAGGGUGAAAGACGGAAUAGCCAUAAUAACCACGGCCGCUUCUGACAUGCUGUCUGAGCACAGCUUCAUUCCUGAGCCCAAGAGUAGUUGCUACAACACACAGGACAAGAGGAUUUAUCAAUCAAACAUGUUAAAUAGGUAUCUGAUUAAUGUCACAUUUGAAGGGAGGAAUUUGUCUUUCAGUGAGGACGGCUACCAGAUGCACCCCAAAUUGGUUAUCAUCCUUUUGACCAAAGCAAGGACAUGGGACAGGGUGGGAUGGUGGAAGGACAAGCGCCUCAAGAUGAAGUAUUAUGUAUGGCCACGUGCUGCAUUGUACCCUGACUGUGAGGAGCGUGAGGAUGACCAUCUUAGCAUAGUGACCCUAGAAGAAGCACCAUUUGUUAUUGUGGAAAAUGUGGACCCACUAAGUGGUACCUGUAUGAGAAACACUGUCCCAUGCCAAAAAAGGAAUGUGGCAGAUAACAAGACGGAUGAGGAGACUGCCUAUACUAAGAAAUGUUGCAAAGGAUUUUGUAUUGAUAUUCUCAAGAAAAUCUCCAAGUUUGUCAAGUUCACCUAUGACCUUUACUUGGUAACUAAUGGUAAACAUGGGAAGAAGAUCAAUGGAACAUGGAAUGGAAUGAUAGGCGAGGUGGUUGCCAAACGUGCCUAUAUGGCGGUGGGAUCCCUCACCAUAAAUGCAGAGCGCUCAGAAGUGGUAGACUUUUCUGUGCCCUUCAUUGAGACAGGAAUCAGUGUCAUGGUAUCACGAAGCAAUGGGACUGUCUCACCUUCUGCCUUCUUAGAGCCAUUCAGUGCUGAUGUGUGGGUGAUGAUGUUUGUAAUGCUGCUUAUAAUCUCUGCUGUGGCUGUCUUUGUAUUUGAGUACUUCAGCCCUGUGGGAUACAACCGGUGUCUGGCUGAUGGCAGAGAGCCUGGUGGUCCUUCGUUCACCAUUGGUAAAGCUAUCUGGUUGUUGUGGGGCCUGGUAUUCAACAACUCUGUGCCAGUGCAGAAUCCCAAGGGAACUACUAGCAAGAUCAUGGUGUCUGUGUGGGCCUUCUUUGCUGUCAUCUUUUUGGCCAGUUACACUGCCAAUUUGGCUGCCUUCAUGAUCCAAGAAGAGUAUGUAGACCAGGUGUCUGGGCUGAGCGACAAAAAGUUCCAAAAUCCAAAUGCUUUCUCGCCACCUUUCCGCUUUGGGACAGUUCCCAAUGGCAGUACAGAGAGAAACAUUCGCAACAAUUAUGAACUGAUGCAUGCCUACAUGGUGAAGUUCAACCAAAGAUCGGUGGGAGAUGCGCUAUCCUCAUUGAAGACAGGGAAGCUGGAUGCUUUUAUUUAUGAUGCAGCUGUGCUAAACUACAUGGCUGGCAGAGAUGAAGGCUGUAAGCUGGUAACAAUUGGGAGUGGAAAGGUCUUUGCUUCAACGGGCUAUGGCAUUGCCAUCCAAAAGAAUUCAGGCUGGAAACGGCAAGUGGAUCUUGCAAUCCUACAGCUUUUUGGUGAUGGGGAGAUGGAGGAGCUUGAAGCUCUCUGGCUCACUGGCAUUUGUCACAAUGAGAAGAAUGAGGUAAUGAGCAGCCAGCUGGAUAUAGAUAACAUGGCAGGAGUCUUCUAUAUGUUGGGAGCAGCCAUGGCCCUCAGCCUCAUCACCUUCAUCUGUGAGCAUCUCUUCUAUUGGCAGUUCCGCCACUGCUUCAUGGGUGUCUGCUCUGGCAAGCCUGGUGUUGUCUUCUCCAUCAGCAGGGGUAUUUACAGCUGCAUCCAUGGAGUGGCUAUUGAAGACCGCCAUUCUUCAAUGAACUCCCCCACUGCCACCAUGAACAAUACCCAUUCUAAUAUUUUGCGCCUGCUCCGAACAGCAAAGAACAUGGCAAACCUUUCAGGCGUCAAUGGCUCACCACAAAGUGCCCUGGAUUUCAUCCGCCGUGAAUCAUCUGUCUAUGAUAUUUCUGAGCACCGCCGCAGCUUCACCCACUCUGACUGCAAGUCUUAUAACAACCCCCCCUGUGAGGAGAACCUUUUCAGUGAUUACAUUAGUGAGGUAGAAAGGACCUUUGGCAAUCUACAGCUGAAAGAAAGUAAUGUUUAUCAGGACCAUUAUCAUCACCACCACCGUCCCCAUAGCAUAGGUAGUGCCAGCUCCAUUGACGGACUAUAUGAUUGUGAUAAUCAACCCUUCUCCGCACAGCCUCGGUCUCUCAGUAAGAAGCCAUUAGAUAUUGGUUUGCCACCAGCCAAACAUGGCCAGUUAAGUGACCUCUAUGGCAAGUUGUCUUUCAAGAAUGAUCGAUACAGUGGUGGAGGGGCACAUGACGAUUUGAUCCGUUCAGAUGUCUCAGACAUAUCAACUCAUACAGUGACUUAUGGCAACAUUGAGGGCAACGCUGCAAAGCGGCGGAAACAGCAGUAUAAAGAUAGUCUAAAGAAACGGCCAGCCUCAGCUAAGUCACGGAGAGAGUUUGAUGAGAUUGAAUUGGCCUACCGUCGGCGUCCCCGCUCCCCUGACCACAAGCGCUACUUCAGGGACAAGGAAGGGCUACGGGAUUUCUAUUUAGACCAGUUUCGGGCUAAGGAAAACUCACCACACUGGGAACAUGUGGAUCUGACAGAUAUUUACAAAGAGCGGGGAGAUGACUUCAAGCAUGACACUAUAGGGGGAGCAGGGACUUGUACUAAUAGGACCCACCACAAACACGGGUCGGGGGAGUUUGGAGCAAACAAUGAGCACAAGCACAGUGUUGUCAGUGGGGUACCAGCACCAUGGGAGAAAAACCUCACCAAUCUUGAUUGGGAGGAACGCCCUGGGGCUAAUUAUUGCCGCAGUUGCCCAUCUAAGCUGCAUAACUACACCCCGACUGUGGUGGGGCAGAACUCCACCCGCCAGCCAUGCAUUCGGUGUGAAGCCUGCAAGAAGGCAGGCAAUCUCUAUGACAUCAGUGAGGACAAUUCCCUCCAAGAGCUGGACCAGCCAUCUGCUCCUGUGGCCGUGGCAACCAGCACCUCCACUACCAAGUAUCCUCAGAGCCCUUCCAACUCUGCCUCCAAGGUGCAGAAGAAGAAUCGCAACAAGCUCCGCCGGCAGCACUCCUACGACACAUUUGUGGAUCUGCAAAAGGAAGAUGCAGCCCUGGCACCCCGCAGUGUGAGCCUGAAGGACAAGGGCCGCUUUUUGGAGGGAAGCCCCUAUGCCCAUAUGUUUGAGAUGCCAGCCAAUGAGUCUACUUUUGCCAACAACAAGUCCUCAGUGCCCACCACCAGCCACCACCACCACAACAAUCCUGGAAUUAGCGGUGGUUAUAUGCUCAGCAAGUCGCUCUACCCCGACCGGGUCACUCAAAACCCUUUCAUCCCCACUUUUGGGGAUGACCAGUGCUUGCUCCACGGCAGCAAAUCCUACUUCUUCAGGCAGCCUGUGGUGGCAGGAGGGCCCAAGGCCAGGCCAGACUUCCGAGCCAUUGUCACCACCAACAAGCCGGUGGUCUCGGCCCUCCAUGGGGCUGUGCCAGCCCGUUUCCAGAAGGACAUCUGUAUAGGGAACCAGUCCAACCCCUGUGUGCCUAACAACAAAAACCCCAGGGCUUUCAAUGGCUCCAGCAACGGGCAUGUUUAUGAGAAACUUUCCAGUAUUGAGUCUGAUGUCUGA